UACGUGCUGCGAAGCGGCCAAUCAGCGCCUCGCGAGUCUCGGCGGCGGCCAAUGAAUCCCCGCCGAGUUCAAGCGGCGCCGGCGUUGAGAUCUUGGGGAGCGGCGCUUGGUGGGUCGGCGAAGGGGCCGGAAGGGAAGACCUUAGAACUCUCUAAGGAAUCUCCGUUCUUCUCCGUUCCUUUAGCUUGGCUCGCUACCCCGCAAUGGCUGCUAUCAGUGAGAAAGUACAAGAUAUGGAGAAGGUGAGCAAGUUGUUGCUCAAGUGGAUGGCAGAAGGCAAGGCGAUGGACAUGCUGAAGAACAACCUAAGCAAACAGGAGAAGAUGAUCAACAAACUGUUGGAUACUCAGAAGACCACGAAACAGCUGCUCAGAGAGCUCAUGUCUACUGAGGAGAAGGUGGCCCAGAAACUUUCUGACAGGGAAGAAGAGCUGAAGGCGAGUCUCGAAAAGCUGCAGAAAAUUGAAAAUGAAUUGCUUCGGGCAAAUGAGAAGGACGUCAAAUUGAGGACAAACACAAAUGACUUAAGAAAAGAGCUGGAGGCCUUGAGGGAAGAAAUCAGGCGGCAGGAGGAGAAUGCGGCUGAAGGUGCUGAUUCGUCCGUGUCGGCUACGUAUCUUGUACAUCUUUAUUACCAAAUCUGCCACAUUGACUGGGACUAUUCCUGUGAGCCCACAAUGAUCAAAGGAACCCAUUAUGGACCAGACAUCGCUCAAUCGCUCAACCUCGACAGCAGCCAGCACUCCCGCUGUUUCAUCAGUGACUACCUGUGGAACCUGGUGAAUACAUCUUGGUGAAUGAAGCGGCCCCGGAAAAACAGAAGCAAAGGGGUUGCCGAUGUGGCUAUAGACCAGGAAGGGGGGGGGCGGGUUUGCCCUGCAGGCAUUGUUGGACUGCAGCUCCCAUCAGCCUUAGUUAACAUAGCCAAUAGGUAGGAAUGAUGGAAGUUGUAAGGCCAGCUAGAGGACACACAUUCCCCUUUCCUGCUAUAGACAAUAAAUGCAGCCGCCGCCUUUUCUUUCCCAUGUAUGGCUUUGAUUAGAGCUGCAUUCUGGAGAAGCUUGUUUGAAUAAAUACAGAGACUGAAGAGAAAUAAACGAUAGUACUAAUCACAAAA